AUGAGCGAGGAGUGCGAGUGGGUACAGUUAAUUACGGAGAUUGAGGUUAGAGACGUGGAGGAGCUGCGGUCUGGAGUGGUGCUGUGUGCUCUGAUUGAGCGGCUGCAGCCUGGGUCUGUUCCCGGGUCUGUGAUCCGCCACGCGAGCCAAAAGCCCCAGCUCCCGCCGUUUACGCAGCGGGAGAACAUCGCAAUGUUUUUAUCGGCCGCCGCCAAAUAUGGCGUGCCGGACCACGAGCUGUUCGAAACCGAGGAUCUGUACGACGCUCGCGACCUGCUCGUGGUCGCCAGGGCUCUGAGGUCGUUGAGCCGCCUGGCCCACAAGAAGAACCCCGAGAUCCCGCCAAUUGGGCCCAGACUGGCUGAAAAACAUGUCCCUCCCAAUUUCUCAUCCGAGCGAUAUGCAGGGUGGAGCGAGCAACAAUAUGGGCCGAUGAAGAGCAUGAUUGACGGCGCUCAGAAGCUCAGGAAGUCCAUGAAGGAACGGGAAUCAAAAGAGACUCCGGCUGGGCGGCCCAAGGUCCCGCCUAAACCAGCCAAUCUCAAAAGCAGUCGAAUCAACUGA